AUUUAUCAUGAGAGCAUAUAGAAUGAAAACGUGGGUUGUGGUCUUAUCGGUUGGUCAUUGGAUUGAGGUUGCAAACAGACAACCGACAUUGUGAAGGUUCGGAUCCUAGUCUUUGCCAUCCUAUGUUCUUGUAUAAUUAUGUUACCAUCUCUUUAUAAUGAGAAAGAGAGAGACGCGACAGUCCUCAGAGUGAGUAAAGAAAAGAUGAUGAUGAUGAUGAGAGGGUAACGAACCAGCUGAGAUCGAUUAAAAUUAGAUUUGAGUGUUAAGAAUUCCUGAAGACGACGCAUUUUCUGCCGAAUCUUCUUGUGCAAAGUUUAACACCGCACGAGGCCUUCCUUUUCUGUCUCUUGAAGCCCUCCUGCCUCCUCCUGCAAAUUCCCCAACAUUGCUCUCUCGGUUUUCAGGAAUUUUAAGAUGGUUGGACAAAACAAAAGUUCAAAGAAAGAGUCGCCUCUUAGAUCUGCAUUACUGCAAACUCCCACAAGAGAAAAAGGAUUUAGUAGUUGCUUUGCCACAAGGUUGCCCUCAUGAGGACUGAUUAAGCGGAUGUUUUCAGAGGGUCCCCAGUGUGAAAUUUGAUGAAUGGUGCUUCUAGAUCCAGUAGCAUGCAAGCAGCUUUCUCAUACUGUGUACAGCAAGUGCGAAGUUAUGACUACCAUCACUACCUUUGCCUACUUGAACUGCCGUCUAGCAUGCGGAAGGCUGCAUUUGCACUUCGAGCCUUCAAUAUUGAAACUGCCAGAGCCAUGGAUAUUGCUUCUGAUCCUAGGGUUGGACUUAUGCGUCUGCUUUGGUGGCAAGAAGCCAUUGACAAAAUCUAUGCCAAAAAGCUAAUUGAGCACCCAACUGCACUGGCCCUUUCAUCAGUGAUAGAUGAGAACAAAUUUACAAAAACUUGGUUGAAAAGGUCUGUAGAAGCUCGGAUAAAUGAUGCAAAAAGAGAGAUUACUGACAUCCCAGGAAAAAUGGAAGAGUUGGAGAAAUAUGCAGAGGAUACUGCAUCAACUAUUCUUUACACGACACUUCAAGCCGGUGGUGUCUGCUCCACUGCAGCUGAUCAUGCUGCAUCACAUGUUGGUAAAGCGAGUGGCCUUCUGUUGCUAAUUAAGUCACUGCCCUACCAUGCUAGUCGCAACCGUCACUUUUCUUAUAUACCAAGUGAAGUUGCAGCCAAGCAUGGUUUGUUAGUUGUGCAGGGAGGUCAAACAGAAAUCCAUUUGGAUUCUCGUGAGAGCCUCUGUAAUGCAGUUUUUGAGAUGGCAUCAGUAGCUAAUGUGCAUUUGCAAAAGGCUCGUAACUUGUCUGGAACAAUACCGUCUGAGGCUCGUCCAGUGCUUCUGCCAGCUGUGGCUGCGCAAGUUCUAUUGGACUCCCUAAGUAAGGUGCAUUUUGAUGUAUUUGAUCCAAGGUUAGCAAGAGGGAUUCUGGGUGUGCCUCCGUUGUGGUACCAAUUGAAAUUGAAGUGGCAUUCAUGGAGGGGAAAAUACUGACAUUGUUUAUUUUUGGAUUUAGUUCAUGUACAAUAAGGGGAUGAUAUGCUAAUGCUUCUGCAUUGCCAACCCCAUGAGCAUGCCCUCUCUUUGUGCGUGGUUGUGGAAUUUUGAUAACUUGGUCCAACAGCAAGCUCAGAAGAGAGAUGAAAAUGGAGUUUUGAGCUCAUUUUACUUCACCCUAACUUGUAGGAUUUGUUGAUUACAAACCGGCAUGUAGAUUGGACUAGCUUGCCGAAUAAUAGAAUGUGGCUCAUUGGAACAA